CCAUGAAGGUUGAGCUGUGCAGUUUCAGUAGGUACAAGAUUUACCCUGGCCAUGGGAGGCGCUGCGCCAGGACCGACAGGAAGGUUUUCCAAUUUCUUAAUGCAAAAUACGAGUCAGCAUUCCUUUCCAAGAGGAAUCCUCAACAGAUAAACUGGACUGUUCUCCACAGAAGAAAGCACAAAAAGGGAUAGUUGGGGUCCCAAGAUGGCAGCCACCAUGAGGAAGGCGGUUGCAGAAGAUGUCAACGUUACUUUUGAAGAUCAACAAAAGAUCAACAAAUUUGCACAGAAUACAAGUAGAAUCACAGCGCUGAAAGAGGAAAUAGAAGUAAAAAAGAAACAACUGCAGAACCUAGAAGACACCUGCGAGGACAUCAUGCUUACGGAUGACAACUGCUUAAUGAUCCCCUACCAGAUCGGGGACAUUUUCAUCAGCCAUUCUCAAGAAGAAACACAGGAGAUGUUGGAAGAAGCAAAGAAAAAUUUGCAAGAAGAAAUUGACGCCCUAGAAGCCAGAGUGGAAUCCAUUCAGCGGGUGUUAGCAGAUUUGAAAGUCCAGUUAUAUGUGAAAUUCGGAAGCAACAUAAACCUCGAAGCUGACAACAGUUAA